AUGGAGCAGUUGUCGGAUGAAGAAAUUGACCAUGGUGCUGAGGAAGACAGUGACAAGGAAGACCAGGACCUGGAUAAGAUGUUUGGAGCCUGGCUCGGCGAACUGGACAAACUCACUCAGAGUUUGGAUUCUGACAAGCCCAAAGAACCAGUGAAAAGAUCUCCUCUUCGCCAGGAAACAAAUAUGGCCAACUUUUCUUACCGUUUCUCCAUAUACAACUUGAAUGAAGCUCUGAAUCAGGGAGAGACUGUGGAUCUGGAUGCCCUGAUGGCCGACCUCUGCUCCAUAGAGCAGGAGCUCAGCAGUAUUGGCUCAGGAAACAGUAAGCGCCAAGUCACAGAACCAAAAGUCACUCAGAAGCUACCUGCUGGCCGACAUACAUCGAAACAUGGCACCCUCAGAGCAUUACCAUCUUCCUCUGCUAGAACAACUAAACCUUCCCAUGCUAACUACUCCCUGGAUGACAUCACCGCACAGUUAGAACAGGCUUCCUUGAGCAUGGAUGAGGCUGCUCAGCAAUCUGUAGUAGAAGAGUCUAAGCCCGUAGUGACGAAUCAGCACCGAAGGACUGCGUCAGCCGGCACCGUGAGUGACGCUGACGUCCGCUCUAUUAGUAACUCCUCCCGUUCGAGCAUCACUUCUGCAGCUUCUAGCAUGGAUUCUUUGGAUAUCGACAAAGUGAUGCGUCCUCAAGAACUGGAUUUGAUAGCGCAUCAGGGCCAGCCGAUUACUGAGGAGGAACAGGCGGCGAAACUGAAAGCUGAGAAGAUCAGAGUUGCCUUGGAGAAAAUUAAAGAGGCCCAAGUCAAAAAGCUGGUGAUCAGGGUCCACAUGUCUGAUGACAGUUCUAAGACAAUGAUGGUGGAUGAGAGACAGACAGUGAGACAAGUGCUGGACAACCUGAUGGACAAAUCUCACUGUGGCUACAGUUUGGACUGGUCGCUGGUGGAGAGCAUUUCUGAACUACAAAUGGAGAGAAUCUUUGAAGACCAUGAAAACUUGGUUGAAAAUCUUCUUAAUUGGACAAGAGAUAGUCAAAACAAGCUUAUAUUUAUGGAGCGUAUAGAAAAAUAUGCACUUUUUAAAAACCCACAGAACUAUCUUCUUGGGAAAAAGGAAACGGUUGAAAUGGCAGACAGGAACAAAGAAGUGCUGUUAGAGGAAUGUUUUUGUGGAAGUUCUGUAACUGUCCCAGAAAUUGAAGGAGUCCUUUGGCUGAAAGACGAUGGCAAGAAGUCCUGGAAAAAGCGUUAUUUUCUCUUGCGAGCGUCUGGCAUCUACUACGUCCCUAAAGGAAAAGCAAAGGUAUCUCGGGACCUGGUGUGCUUUCUCCAGCUGGAUCAUGUCAACGUGUACUACGGGCAGGACUAUCGGAGUAAAUACAGAGCCCCCACAGACUGUUGUCUGGCGUUAAAGCACCCACAGAUCCAGAAGAAGUCUCAGUAUAUCAAGUAUCUCUGUUGUGACGAUGUGAGGACUCUGCAUCAGUGGGUCAAUGGGAUCCGAAUUGCAAAGUAUGGGAAGCAGCUCUACACAAACUACCAAGAAGCCUUGAAGAGGACAGAGUCCGCUUAUGACUGGACUUCAUUAUCCAGCUCCAGCAUUAAAUCUGGAUCCAGUUCUUCCAGCAUCCCAGAGUCUCAGUCAAAUCACUCCAACCAGUCUGACAGUGGAGUCUCUGACACCCUGCCAACAGGACACGUCCGUUCCCAAAGCACUGUGAGCUCCAUCUUCUCGGAAGCCUGGAAGCGUGGUACUCAGCUGGAAGAGUCCAGCAAGGCCAGAAUGGAAUCUAUGAAUCGGUCCUACACUUCACUCAUGCCCCCUCUGUCCCCUCAAACUAAGAUCCUCACCCCUUAUACUGCCUCACAACCUUCACCACCCCUGCCUCCUCCUCCACCGCCACCACCUCCUCCUCCCCCACCACCCCCUCCACCCCCUCCCCCUCCUCUGCCCAGCCAGUCUGCGCCUUCUGCAGGCCCCUCCGCCACCAUGUUUGUCAAGUACAGCACCAUCACCAGGCUGCAAAACGCAGCUCAGCAUUCAGGGCCCCUGUUCAAGUCUCCACCGCCCGCGGUGAUGCAGCCCCCGCCUCUGGCUUCACAGUCCCUCAAGGCUCAGAUGGUGGUGCCCCCCAAUGGAGUUAUUCCUCCACCGCCUCCUCCUCCACCACCCCCAACCCCUGGUUCAGCCAUGGCCCAGUUAAAGCCAGUGCCGUGCGCCCCGUCCCUGCCACAGUUCAGCCCCCAACCUCCUCCACUGAAGAGUCACCAAGUUCAGCAUGGUCCUCAGGCGGCCCCUUCCACACCUCCACCAGCUCCUCCCAUCCCUUCAGCUGUCCCUCCUCAAGCGCCCCCUAAGCCCCUGGUGACCAUUCCUCCUUCAGCCAGCACCAAAACUGUGCCGCCAAUAGUGGCACAAUCUGUCCCACCCACCCCUGCACCUCCAGUGCCCCCAGCAAAGAAGCAGCCAGCUUUCCCCGUUUCUCACAUUGCACCCUGUCCCCCUGUCCAGCCUGCCCCGUGUCCCCCACCAACACUACCCAAGCAGCAGAGCUUUGGGGUGAAGCCCCCGCCCUCUCCGCUGUCCCCUGUGCCCUCAGUUGUAAAGCAGAUAGCCAGUCAGUUUCCACCCCCUCCCACUCCUCCUCCUGUGGACUCACAGCCCCCAAAGCCCCUCCCAACAAGUGUCACCCCACAGUCCCCUCCUGCAGUGAAAGCAAAACCCAAAUGGCAGCCCAGCCCAGUCCCUGUCCCUUCCCCAGAUUUCCCCCCUCCCCCUCCAGAAAGCAGCCUGGUGUGUCCUCCUCCUCCACCUCCUCCAACCCCAGCCCCAGCCCCGCCGCCAGUGCCGCCCAUGGCUUCACCUAUCCCUGACAAAGGCGGAUCUCCAGGCAAAAAGCCAAGUAAGACGUCCAGCCCUGGGGGGAAGAAACCACCCCCAACCCCGCAGCGCAACUCCAGCAUGAAGUCCGGCAGUUGUGCCGAGCCCCCUGAGCCCAAGCGACCCUCGGUAGACAGUCUAGUCAGCAAGUUCGCACCGCCAGCAGAGUCAGGGUCUCCCAACAAGGAGACUCCACCACCUCCGGCAGCACCCCCCAAACCUGGGAAACUACACCUUUCUGGAGUCAACCUCCCCGGAAUCCACCAGCAAGGGAGUGUGUCUACAAAAGCCUCUGUUCUGAGUGGGCGUGGAAAGGACUCCGUAGUGGAGUUUCCGUCUCCUCCUUCCGACUCUGACUUCCCACCCCCUCCACCUGAAAUAGAGCUUCCUCUGCCCCCUAUUGAGAUUCCAGCCGUAUUCUCGGGAAACACCUCCCCCAAAGUGGCAGUUGUUAACCCUCAGCCACAGCUAUGGUCUAAAACAUCAGUGAAGAAGGCCCCUCCGCCUACCCGGCCCAAACGAAACGACAGCACCCGCCUCACUCAAGCUGACAUCUCUGAGCAACCAGCGAUGACCACAGUUGUGCCCCAAGUGCCCACCUCCCCGAAAUCCAGCCUUAGUGUCCAGCCUGGAUUCCUAGCUGAUCUUAACAGGACACUGCAGCGCAAGUCUAUCACGAGGCACGGCUCCCUCUCCUCCUCACGAAUGUCCAGAGCAGAACCCACAGCCACCAUGGACGACAUGGCACUACCCCCACCACCACCAGAGCUGCUGACUGACCAGCAGAAGGCUGGCUUUGGAGGUAGUCAUAUUUCAGGCUAUGCAACAUUGCGAAGAGGACCCCCUCCUGCUCCCCCUAAGAGAGACCAGAAUACUAAGCUCUCAAGAGACUGGUAGCCACAAGACUUCUUUUCAUGUUAUCUAUAAUCAGUUCUACAAUCAGUUCACCUGAUCAUCUGUGAAUCCAGGUGUUCAGAGCCUCCUGAUAUGUUAUUCAGGUAGUGUCCAGCUAUGUGUGUGUCUGUGUGUAUAUGUGCUGCAUGUGUACAUACAUGUGCACACAGCUAUAUAGAUUGUGUGUAUAUACACGUAUGUAUACAUCUGUGAAUGUGUAUAUAUAGAGAGAACCGAUUCUAUUUA